GAUGGGAAAGGGAUAGAGAAAGCCAGUGUAGGGAUUUGAGGAAGAAUGUCAUGUAGGCUGAGCAACAAGGUGAAUGGUUUUGCUGUGGAUUUUUCAACAGAGGUGAAAGGACAGUUGCGACAAGGGAAGGCCAAAAAGAAAUGUGCUGUAGUAGUCGAGGGAGGAAAUGACUGGAGCAUGAAGCAAAGUUUUAGUUGAAGGAUAGAAGUGGAAUGUUUGCAAUAUUGUAUAUGAAAAGCUACAUAACAAGGGAGUGGAAGUCGAGGAGGAAUCCUUUGUGUCUGGCUGACAGAGUGAAUUGUGAUGUGAUCAAUCACAAAAGUGACAACAUCACAAAGUGGAAAAUAAUAAGGAGAGGAAGAUUUUCUUUCAGUCUUCUGGCAAUGUCCAUGAUCUUGUCUGCCUCCGUGGUUCGCGUGAGAGAUGGACUCCCUCUAUCUGCCUCUACCGAUUUUGAGCAAAGUGUUGGUGUGCAGGAGUGCAGAAAGCACUUCAAAACCCUUGCAAAGAGACUUGCUCACCUUCCGGAUAGAUGCACGCUGCAAACAGGACAGUAUAACAUAAAUUUUAUUAGUUCCCUGGGAGUGAGCUACAUGAUGCUGUGCACCGAAAAUUAUCCCAGUGUCCUGGCCUUCUGCUUCCUGGAUGAACUUCAAAAGGAGUUCAUCACCACGUACAACAUGAUGAAGACAAAUACAGCUGUUAGACCUUACUGUUUCAUCGAAUUUGAUAAUUUCAUUCAGAGGACCAAGCAGAGAUAUAAUAAUCCACGGUCUCUGUCAACAAAGAUAAACCUUGCUGAUAUGCAAACAGAAAUCAGACUGAGACCACCUUAUCAAAUGUCUGUGUCUGAAUUGGGUUCACCUAAUGGAUUUCCACACAUGUCUCUUCCAGAAUAUCAAGGUACUGGAAAAAUAUCUACAGCUCCUCACCAGCGACUGGAACCUGUGACGCUGUCAGGGAUUGUUUCCUUUGUACUCAGCCUUUUAUGUGGGGCUUUGAAUUUGAUCCGUGGCUUUCAUGCGAUAGAGAGUCUUCUGCAGAACGACAGAGAAGACUUCAGUUACGUUAUUGCCUUUUUCCUUGGCACAGCCGCUUGUUUAUAUCAGUGCUAUUUGUUUGUGUAUUGCACAGGCUGGAGAAACAUCAAAUCCUUCCUAACGUUUGGCUUAAUCUGCCUAUGCAACAUGUAUCUCUAUGAACUGCGCAACCUCUGGCAGAUCUUCUUUCAUGUGACUGUAGGCGCUUUUUCAACUCUACAGAUUCGGCUGAGGCAGCCACAAGGGAAGUCCCCUGACUAUAAUGUAUGAUGGCUGUCCUCCGAUAGUCUCAAGGCAAACUUGAUCCAAGUGGUAUUCCCCUCAGGGAAGAAAAGCUUUUCUGCUGGAGAGACUCUCCCCAAACUCUAAGGCAUGGACUUGGCAGUGGAAUUCUUCCUCAAAGAAGAACUAAAAACAGAAAACUUCUGGCACUAAUUGGGGGUACGGAUGAAGCCCUCCACUGUGCAGGAGAAUGUACCCCAAGGACAAACAAGAAAUUUGAGGACAGCAUGAAAAACUCCACAUUCAGAACUAUGAGAAAGGCAAGGAUCUGUAUUGGACUGGUUCUGCAUAUCAAGUGAUUUCUCCAACCCCAAACCAGUUUUGCCUUUGUGAGGCAGUAGAAAAGGCUGAAAUAAAAGGAUGGUAUUGCAUAUUAACAAACUGUUCAGAAUGAAUGAAUUCCUAAAUGCCAGAUUAUUGGAUUGCACAUAAAUUUAAUGGUGUGUGUCUGCGUUUUCCUUAAUUAAAAUCUAACCCGGAAACCAUCUGUUCAUGGGGAUUAGCUCCUGGGCCCCAGAGGCCUGCCAUCGAGUGCCGAGUUAAUUAUGAAUUGCUUUGCUUCGUUUUUGUGUGUGUGUAAUUUGCUUUGAAAGAGUUUUAGAAAGUGACCUUUUCCCUCCACGUAAAUAACAACAUCACAGUCUGUCUUCAGGCCCUUGAUCUGAUGCUUGCAGGAUGAAAAGAAGUUUGCUAGUGGCAAGGCUUCAGGAAAGGGAGAGACUGCCAUUUGGACUCGAGGCUUUUACUCUUCUCUGUAUAUGAUGUCAUGGCAGAAGCUAGCCUGAUUAGGAACGAGCCCAAUCUCUAGCAAUUUCAGUUUGAAUGCAAUGCUUAAGAAACCUAUUUGGAGAACACAGGAAACUGAAGGCUUUUGAUGACAGGAAUAGACUUGUUUGUGCACAGCUGAUCUGUUGUGGGAGAGGUGAGCAGCCUAUGAUGUUAAAUGAGCUAUUAACACCCACCAUAAUUAGCAAGCAGUUAGCAUAUUGCAUGACAGUAUGCUGUGCCAUGCAAUAAAUGUAUUUCCUUCAUAGAAAAAAACUUAAACUACAAUGCUUUGUUCCUUAAAAGUACACAUUGGCUAUUCUGAAUUCAAGCUUGUUUGUGCAAAAGGUGGAUCAAAAGGAUUGUACAAAAGGGUUGUACAAAAGUUGGAGAGGAGAGCUGGUCUUGUGGUAGCAAGCAUAGGCUCGGAUUGGCCCACAGGGCAACAGGGCAUAUUCCCGGUGCGCCCUACCCGCACAGUGCCCCUGCGCCCCAACUCCCACCAUUAAUUACCUAUUCUGCUCAAAACUCAGCGCCCUCCCCACACACAUUCCACCGCCCUCUCAGUGCCCCCAGUCCGGCCCUGAAGCAUGACUUGUUCCCUUAGCUAAGCAGGGUCCACCCUGGUUGCAUAUGAAAGGGAGACUUGAUGUGUGAGCACUGUAAGAUAUUCCCCUUAGGGGAUGGAGACACUCUGGGAAGAGCAUCUAGGUUCCAAGUUCCCUCCUUGGCACCUCCAUGAUAGGGCUGAGAUAGAUUCCUGCCUAAAGCCUCUGCCAGUCUGUGUAGAUAAUACUGAGCUAGAUGGACCAACGGUCUGACUCAGUAUAUGGCAGCUUCCUAUGUUCCUUUGGAUCGAGGUGGUGAAAAGACAGUUACUGUGUCUCAUGCAUGCUUGAGAAAAUAUUAGAGAUUUUCAGAAUGUUCCAGUAUCGAAACGUUUUGACUUGAAAUGGGCCGUUUUGAGCUAGAAACAGAGCACUCUUUAAAUCAAGGGCCUGUUUCAAGCUCAGAGCAGAAGAACCCUGUUUUGAUCAAAAAGUUUAAAUGUUUUUGGCCUGUUGAUUGGUUUCCUGGCUUCUUGGCUGGCUUGUUAUGCUACAAAUCAAGUGUUGUCAUGGGCAACUGUGCCCCCAUUGGCUGGAGAGAGGGGGGAACACAAAAGGAGGGAAUUUCAAAAUGUUUUCAAAGGGACUGGGAAGCAGAGAGCCCUUAUAGUGUGCCUCUCUUGAAGAGGAUACAUCAGGAGGCGAGGAGGAAGGAAUCAAGGAAGGUUUGAUUUUGUGGUUUUCUUUUCUCAGCACAAUAUAAUAUGCUGUGCUAUUGCUGCUAUAUUAUUAACUAUCUGGUUUUGCAAUGCUGGAUCUCGGAUUAGGGGAGCAAGGGCAGGAGAGAGGGCAUGCACAUACCUCUUGUUCCCCAGAGGCAUCUGGUGGGCCACUGUGUGCAACAGGAUGCUGGACUAGAUGGGCCUUGGGCCUGAUCCAGCAGGGCUGUGCUUAUGUUCAGAUUGACAAAAGCACAAUUUGGAUGCCUGUCUGUGUGUACGUCUGAUAUUCUCAAGGUCAGGCAUGGAGCUCAUCACAGAAAUCGCCAAGAAAUAACUUGUUUCACUCACUGCUCUGGUCUACUCUGCAAUCUUCAUUGCAAGAUGUACUUGGCUGAAGUUGCUCUAGUUGAGUGUAUGGCUAUGCUUGCUGCCAAAAAGGGUGCUACUGUGGCAGCUGUUGCAAUGCUAGGCAAUAACCUAAGGAGUCAUCAUUGUGUGUGUGAGAGAGGAACUUGUGCCAAUGAUGAUACAGCAGUGCAGGGUGGAACUGUGGUUGGCUGUUAAUUCUGGGUCAGCGAUUCGUUUUUGGCCAUUUUUGGACUGUGUUUGAAAUGUGUGUUCUGUGUUGGGAGGCUCAGUUUCCCUUUUGCUGUGUGCUUCUGCAGUGCUGCAAAUUGCAGCGCAAAACUUUUUUGCAGUGCACUCUCUAAGUGCAGCUUGUUCUGGCCAUAGGGAACAAUGGGGAAAUUCUGUUCCCCAUGGUAGCUCCUAAGGACACCAAAGUGGGUUGUGUGAUGGGUGUUUCCUUCCACCCAGCCCACAAAAUAAAUAGACAAAGCAGGCAGUUUUGAAGACAUUUUUAACCUUUCUCCAAAGCCCACAUGGGAUCUUUGUUAAAAUGUUGUUAAAACUGCCUGCUUGCCCAUUCUUUUGUGGGUUGGGUGGUAAGUAGCACCCAUCAUGCCCUACCACACAGCCCACUUUGGUGUCUCUGUGGGUACAAUGGGAUGUUUAGGGUUUCACCAUUGUCGCCUAGAUUUUGCUGGAUUGCAUUGGGUGUGCUCAGAAGACACAGGAAGACAAGCUUGAGUCUCUGGCACUCAAGAAUGGAGUGUGUGUAUGUGUGUUCUGAGGGUCAGAGAGACUCUGGCUCUGCUGCCAUGUCGCAAACUGCUUUCAAACAACAAAAUCUGUUUCCCAAGGCUGCUGUUUGGGAGGCACAGGGGAUGUAUCUGGCAUUCCUUUGCUAUGGCCGUGUUCCAUCUAACAGCCUAACCUACUUCACAGGGUUGUUGUGAAGAGAAACCUAAGUAUGUAGUACACUGCUCUGGGCUCCUUGGAGGAAGAGCGGGAUAUAAAAUGUAAACAAACAAGGUUAAAGUUUCAGCUUCAGCUUCACAUGACUGAAAGGUUUGACACUGAAGUAUGCUUCCAGCUAUGACUUUGUUGCUGUGUGGCAAUCUUGUGGCCAGACAAGCCAGGGGUGAAAUGUUGGCAGCAUUUGUUGAUAAAUAUAAAGAAUGUGGUAGGACACAGGGUGAUGUGUGCUUAAGUCCCAUUAUGUCAACAGAAUUCAAGUGUAAGUAAUUGUGCUAGAUUUUGGCCUGACCGUAUAAAACUUGGUAAGAUGUUGAGAGCUGAUUCCCAUCGGCUAUAACUGACACGACGCCUUGGGCAAGAAUACACCCUAGAAGGAUUUCAUUAUGCCCUGCAAGAAGACCUACAUCUAGCAAUCCCCUGAAGCACUGUAGAGCAUCUGUUCCUGUGAUUUCAAGUGCAAAUACCCUGAUUUUGGAUAUUUACGUUCACCUCCAGGUGACAGCCAACAUUUUAUCUUGUGUUAUUCACUCCUGAAAAAUAUGGACUGGGUUAAUCACUGUGGCUUUCAUAGAGCCUGGAUUUGAAACUAUAUAUUUUUAAGUAGCCUCAUUGUGUUUUGAAUGCCUGUUUUUCAUUAGGUGCUGCUUUUUUGCGUUCGCCAAAAAUGUUUCUCACAUGUGCUGGAGACUAUUGUUGUGCUUGCCAAAUCAGCUGUAAAGGGCGCUUUGCUUAGCUGCUUUCCCUGCUCAGUUUAAGCUGUGGACAAUAACUGGAGGUAUAGGCGAAGUUUAAGUUGAUAGCUUCUAUUGCUUGGUGUUCAGCCAGCAACCCUCCCUCUCAGUAUCUAAAUAAACUAAAAGAUGGAUCUCAAGCAGCCAUCUUUUCUUUUAAAGUAUGUACAUGGGUUAGAAACUAUAUUUGUUCUUCAAAAGUACUAAUUUGAGUUGGUGGAGUGUUAAUGUCAAAUGAAAGAGGGAGAGAGAGCUGCUUCCUAAUAUAGGAAGUGGGAGCCAGAGACCUGCAUAUACAUAGAAAAAGGAUUUGGAGCUGCAUCUAGCUCAAGGUGGCCUUGCUGAUAAGGCUGGACCUGCCUUCUAAUGGAUCUGGAGGGUGGUUGGUUUUUUCAUCCAAGUGACUAGUUGUUGCACACGAUCGAGUCUGAUUAGAGCUUAACCCCUGCUAACUGGGCCAAGGAGCAAUUUUUGGGAGUGGUGGCUGGGAUGUAGCUAUAAUUGAACAAGGUGAUGGGGAGCAAAUGCCCCUCAUUCCACUCGCCGUAGUGUCCCUCGCAAUGGCUGUACCUUCCCUGUAUUUCAUUUUAGACUGUGUGCCUGUCUGGCAGAGGGAACUGUCUUCGUAUUCUAUGUAAAUUGCUUUGUGCAUUUUUGUUGAAAA